GUCAUUUCGGCAAGAAGCUUCGUCUCGGCAUUGUUUUACACUGACUGUUGAACUGUUUCUCUACUGAAAGUAUGCAAGUAUUAAAAUAUUUCUCCUGCUUUUCCUCUGAACAAGAUCAUGUGGAAGGAAAUGUUACCGUAAAGUUGAUAGGGAAGACCGAGUCUGCUCCCUUUAGUAUUGCUAACCUCUGUGGCUUGAGUGUGAAGGCCAAUGGACUCUCAAAGAGGAGAAGGAAAAACAAAGAAAAGUUCCAAAUUGAACUGAUACAAGAGGAAUGCUUGAUUGUUAAAGGAAAGGAUUCAGUUAGAAGCAUUCCUAUUGAAAAGGUCAUUGUCAUUCAAGGUGACAGAAGUAAUAUUUUCAUUCUUAUUGAAAAGGAGAGUGAUGGCUCCUUUCACAUGGAAACUUAUAGCACUUUAAACAAGAAAAAGAUGAAUGAAAUAUGCCAGUUCUUUAAGUCCACCAAAUGGGAAUUCAACGAUUACUCCAAUACUGAGAUAUCAUCUACUGAUGAAUCAAAUAAAGUCACCGCACCAAGUCCUGAAUGUGUCGCUAAAAAUUCUGUCGAGUCUGGCAUAAGUUCAAAUUCUGAUACUACAGUAGUUGAUACAUCAGAUACUACCAGCUUUGCUGAUACUACAAUCUCCUCUCCUAAUGCAAGUACUGAUGAUAUUGCUAAAGCUACAAUUGCUGGUAGUAAUGUCACAUCUUGUGCUCCUCAACUUGCUGUGUCUGCUUCUGGUACAAUUCAAGAUAAAGAUGUCAAAGAAACUUCACUUCCCUCUGAAUCAACAUAUCCCUAUCAAUCUCCUGUCAUGUACAAAUUGAAUGAUGACAAUAGCCUAAAGUCCGAGGACUAUUUUAUCUCUGAUACUUCAUCAUUUCUCAGUUUAAUAUUAGAAACUGACAAUAUUUCUACUAUCAUGAAUUCCACCAUGAAACAAGAUGAUGAUACAUUCAGCAAGGUUGAUGAUGAUGAUGAUUCACUUUGUAGUGUAACAGAUUUAAGUGAUUGUUCCAGUUCAUCCAUUGGCUCACUGUUUGAUGAUAUACAAUUCGAAUUGAAUCGCCGAAUGAGAAGAUAUAAAUCCGAACCAAAUUUGCUGGCAAUAAAAGAUUGAAAUUCUCUAAUAACUAUUAUUUCUAAGUUUUAACAUGAAACUCAAUUCUCCUAACUGAUUCACAUUGAAUUGAUUGCUAUUAUUAUAUACUAUGUUAUAUUGUUGAUUAUUAUAUACUAUGUUAUAUUUCUUAUAAUCUUAAGUUUAAAUCUU